AUGUUAGCUUUGAAACUCGGACCGGCAUUAGCUUGUGGAAAUGUGGUCAUUCUCAAGCCAGCUGAAGAGACGCCACUUACUGCCUUGUAUUGUGCUGCUCUAAUCAAAGAGGCCGGCUUUCCACCGGGUGUUGUCAAUAUUGUACCAGGGGACGGACCUAACUGUGGCAAUGCGAUUGUCGUUCACGAUCAUAUUGAUAAAGUGUCAUUUACAGGCUCAGUUGAAGUAGGAAAAAAAAUUCAAGAAGGUGCAGCUAAAUCCAAUCUAAAACGAGUAACACUUGAACUUGGUGGCAAAUCUCCAUUGAUCAUUUGUGAAGAUGCUGAUGUUGAUUUUGCUGUUUAUGUCGCUCACGAAGCAAUCUUUCAUAAUGCAGCACAAAAUUGUAUUGCUGCAUCGCGUACAUUUGUGCAUGCGAAAAUCUAUGAUGAAUUCAUAAAAAAAAGUGUUGCACUUGCUAAAAAACGGAUCGUCGGUGAUCCAUUCGAUGCAAAUACACAACAAGGCCCACAGAUCAACAAAGAUCAAUUCCAAAAGAUUCUCAAUUAUGUUGAGUUAGGCAAAAAAGCAGGUGCUAAACUAGAAUGUGGUGGCGAAAAAAUCAAUGAUAAGGGUUAUUUUAUUAAACCGACAGUGUUCAGUAGUGUCACGGACGAUAUGAAAAUUGCACGUGAAGAGAUAUUCGGACCAGUCAUGUGCGUACUCAAGUUUGAUUCGUACGAUGAAGUGAUUGAACGAGCUAAUGCAACAAACUUUGGUCUAGUUGCUGGUGUCAUUACGAAAGAUUUAACACGUGCUUUGAAAUUUGUCCAAGAAUUGCAAGCGGGCUCCGUGUGGGUAAAUACCUAUGCGGCAAUGAAGUUUCAGGCUCCAUUUGGUGGUUUCAAACAAUCAGGAAUCGGUCGCGAAUUAGGUAAAUAUGGCCUUGAACCUUAUUAUGAAAUUACUACAAUGGUUCUUCAUUUAUAUAUCGACUGGUUAUCUCAACCUUGUCGUGCCGUUGCUAUAUUACUGAUGGAGAAUAAUAUUGAACAUCAAGUUCAUGAAAUCAGCAUCAUGAAAGGAGAAACACAAAGCGCUGAAUAUAAACAGGUGAAUCCAGCUGGAAAAGUUCCAUCGAUUGUUGAUGAUGAUUUUCAUUUGGGCGAAUCUCAUACAAUAAUGCGCUAUAUAUGUGCAAGCAGGAAAAUACCUGAUCAUUAUUUUCCAAAUGAUAUUAAACAACGUGCUAGAGUCGAUUAUUGGUUGGACUGGCAUCACAUGAACUUACGUCAUGGAUCAGUGCGUCUAAUAAGAGCAAAUAUAUUUGCUCCUAUUAGAAAAUAUUCACAACAAACAAUCGAUGAAUUACGAAAAGAAGGUAACGACGUGUUAAAAUCAAGUUUAAGCUUUAUGGAAGAAGUCUUGAGUAAAAAUAACUAUAUUGCUGGUGGAAAUCAAUUUUC